AUGGAGGAGCCUAAACACGGCAUUGCCGACGUCGGUGGCUCUCCUCCUUCUGGUGGACGUGGGAGGCGUAGGCAGAGGAAGAGCGAUGGGGAGGAAGAGUAUGACACCACCGUGGCCGGGGACAUCACUACGCGGGCGAAGAGGCGGCAGACGACAGGCAGUGCUGACGACGCCGGUGGUGCGGAAGUUGGGACAACGCGAGGCGCCAGGGAAUCAAGUGGCAAGGCGACGGGUCAUGCAUUGCGCCAGAAGGGCCGACCCGGAGCGAGGAAAACAUCCGGCGGAAGGAGGGGCAAGCAAGCAGCGAGGGGGAAGAGGUCAAAACGCGGCGAAGAAGACCCUGAUGAUGCGGAGGAGGAGGAUGAGGGGGAUGAGGGGGAUGAGGAGGAGGAGGCUGAUGAGGAGGAGGAUGAGGAGGAAGAGGAGGAUGAAGAGGAUGCGGAGGAGGAGGACGCGAAUGUUGGGGAGGAGGAAAAGGAUGAGGAUGAUGAUGAUGAGGACGAAGAGGAGGAGGAGGAGGACGACGAGGAGGGGGGCAACAAGGAUGAGGAGGAUGAGGAGGAGGAUGAGGAGGAGGAGGAGGAGGAGGAGGAGGAGGAGGAGGAGGAGGAGGAGGAGGAGGAGGAGGAGGAGGAAGGGGCGGAAGAGGAAGAGGAGGAGGAUGUGUCGGCAGCAUUGGGCCACCGAUAA